GACGUUCGUAGUAGCGUAAUUGCAGACAGAACGUUUUCAUUUUAUAACUUCUUUUUAUGUCGUUUGAAAAAUAAAAGUUGUUUAUGUAGUUCGGAUAGCAGUGGGAAUAUAUAGUUGCAAUUUUUUAAUUGAAUUAGUUUCUUAUCAAUUAGCGUUAAUUAAUUAUCAUGAAUACGUCGUCAUCGUUCACCCAUACCGCUGGUUCCAGAUUAACUUAUCCGCGAAACAGUUCUGCCCCGAGAAAGUCGCUCCUUGGUGGACCGAAAAAACUACCAACAUCUGGCCGGUACAGCGUCUCUGGCCGUUCGAAUCAGUCCACAAAGAUAAUUGCAAGAUCGGAAAAUAAUAUCAUCGAAUCGUAUGGUCUGCCGCUGCCUGUGUUAGUAAAUGAAGCACUGACAUUUUCCGAACGAAGUGCCACAGUUUCAGUUAAUUGCAAUAACAAUGGUUGGGCUUGGGCUGUUUGCGGCCGCAAACUGUAUGUGUGGCCGUACAAAGAAAAUUCAAAUUUGAAUGAAUCCAUCCGAACGCCUCGUCGGGCCACAACUAGUCAAUGUCGCGAACUUACGCUACCCCAUUGUGACAUCGGUCAUAAAGCAUCGCUGGUGACUGUAUUCACAAUUGACGAUCAACAAUUUGCGUCUUGUUUGGCUGUGUCUCCAACUGGCGAAAUUCGCUACUGGCCCUCAGUGGCCCAUGAUGGCUCGUCCAUUGAUGUAACCGAAAUUCUGGAAGGUCAAGAAUUCGACGAAUUGUUCAAUAUAUCGCCGGUGGGAUACAUUCUAGUCACCACCACUUGCAAUUUGGUGUUGCUGCAACUGCAAUUAAGCGGAUCACGAUACUCAAUCGUUCAUCGGGCUAUUCGACCACCGACGGGUAUUUUGGGAGGGAUUGGUAAACGAUUUUCGAUGAUUUUUGCCAUGAGUAGCAGUCAGGAGAAAGAAAAUAAACUGAUCAGAAUGUGUGGUGAGUCUUCAAAGUCACAAGACGGAAGUUGGAUAGUUUCAUUACUGGCAGACAAGUGGAUUCAACGAUGGAAAAUUCAGGCAACCGGUGCGGAAACAUUUUUAUUCGAAGACCACGAGAUACUUAACAAGGUGUUCAACGUAUUCCACAAGAAAUUGUGGAGCAAUCGAGACUCCACUGGCAUCGAAGUAAAAUUCGUUGACAUGCAAACAAUUGAUUCGAAGAUCGUGGUUCUGGCGUCCGCUUUAAAUUUUGCGCACACACCACAAGUAUUCUAUGCAUUGAUCACGCUCGUCGAGGAGAAUCAAUCGUUUGCUGUUGCGAACUAUUGUCAGAUGAAGCACAACACAUUCUAUACCGGCAAUCCAGUGACCGAUGUUGCUCGAAUGAAAUUCACGAUGACACGGAAUGCGGCGUACAUUUAUGAAGACAAGACAGUGAUUCAGGUGUAUUUGAACGGCCUGAACGAUGAAAACGAGAAAAUCGAAUUGCCAGUGCAAGGUGACAAAAUAAUGGCAGCGGCCGUGCAUAAUGGAAUUCCGAUGUUCUUUUCACGGUUGAACGGCCUGGUGUGUAUUACGGCUGCAGACUUUGAACAGAACGACUUUUUUAAUGGCUCCAUCACAUCGGACGUAUUUGGCGCUCAUCCGACUGAUCAUUCCUUUCUCAGUGCAUCGAAUGCCAACCUGGACAAUCCAUGCAAUCUGUCCAUGUACGAAUUGAAUCCCGACGAAGUGUACGACGCAGAGGAAAAGAAUCAACUGAAGGCCGCUUUCAUCUACCAUUUGAAGAAGAAUUUCGACAAAACCACAGAAAUAUUGUCGGGCCUGCUGGAAAAUCGCAAUUCAUCGACGAACAUCAAUCGGAUUGUGAUUGAAAUUGCUAAAGAUCUGGCCGAAGAUGUACCCGCAUCGGAUCCUCGUUGGGAACAAAUUAAAAUGUCGAAAAAUGCACUUGGCAGCUCGUUUUCCAUGCAGAUUAUCCAACAGCUGAAGGAGAAGAAACUUGCGUACAAUAUUUUCAUCGAAUUCUUGCAUUCCACGGACAUUUGGACAAAGUUGGGAACGGUUACUGACAGAGGAAGCGUAAAGUCAACUUGCCAUCUGUUGUCCGAUAUUGGUGAGAAAAUAGUUGCAGCGAUUUCCCUGAAGCAAAUUCACAACAACUACGCAAAGCUCAUCGACGAAGCUAUACAAACAUUACUGGUUCAACGCAACGAACAAGUCCAUGUGAGUCUAACCGCUCAAGAUUUGUUUUACGUGAAAAUCGUAGAGAUCCAGGACAUUUUCCGAUUGCUAUCCAAUGUGAACGACGACAAUGUUCAAAGUCAACAGUCCUCGUCACGCAUUUCGUCAGUGUUGAGCGAUGUGAAUACCAUCAUAUUGACCGUUCUCACCGAUGUCAUGAAAUAUCGUGAGUUAAAAUCUGGCCAAUUCGUACUACCAGCACACAUACAAAAUGACUUUGAAUACUUGCCAUGGACAGCAGCAUCCGGCAAAAAUGGUCUACGGGACAUUCUGCUCCAUCAAAUUUCUAUUACAUUGAAACAUGGAAUCCGAUCAACCGGUGAACCGGAGUUGCGUCAGCGUCACUACAGGCAAUUGGUUGACUUGGUUGAUUUUGUUUUGGAUGGCCGAAAAGCGUAUUUGGAAAGCAUCAAGGAUACAGAUAAAUACGGGGUUAUGGUACAGCAGUACGAAUCACAGCGCAGUGAUUUGAUUUACCCGUUCGUCCACGACGGCCAGUACGAACUUGCGAUCAAGCUAGCCGAGAAGUAUCUAGACUUUCAAAUUCUGGUUCAAAUAUGCGAUCAGACGGCGAAUCAAGAUCGCCUCGACGAAUACAUCGAAAAGUACAAGGAAAUGGAAUUUUCACAGUUUGCCAUCAAUUGGCACCUGCGACAAAAUAAAAGGGGCGAUCUGUUCGAACGAUUCAAGCAUAAUCAGGCCGAAUUAUCGAAAUUUCUUGGCGAUCAUCCGUCGUUGGCCUGGGUGCAAUGCAUAUUCAAUGGUGAUUUAGGCAGAGCGGCUAAGAUAUUGACAAUGUUGGCACAAAACGAAACGGAAUUGGUACAGAGGAAGAAGACUAUGCUGUCGCUGGCCAAGCUGGCAUGUACUGCCGCCGAUGAGGAUAUGAGCGUACAGUUGAGUGUAAUCAAUGUGGAAUUGUUCAUCAUCGGAUAUCAAGAGAUCAUACCCGAUCACUUACUUAGUGUAUUCGGUUACGAUUUGAUGAACCCGCGAGUAUUGAAACCGGAAGAAAUUAUCAACUUGCUGAUUUCUGAAGAAAAUGACUCGGCUACAGAAGACGACUACAGACGAGCGUUAGAGUUACUCAAUCAUGUCGAAGACUCAAUUGAUGUGAGGCACAAAAUAUGGUGCAGUGUCAUAUUGCGUGACAAUUGGACUACGUACAACAUAAAUGCACCGCUGAAUGAUCUACAGAAUAUGCUGCUGUUCAAACUGAUUGACCUGUGCUUCGUACUAGGUUCAAAUAUUGAAGAUUUCCUACCUCCGAUCGAAGACUUUUUGGAAGCACCUGAACUGGCAUCGCUAACUUCUCUCAAGUCAUUCCAGUUUCUACUUAAGCUGGGCUAUGAACACAUUAACGACUCGUACAAACAGAAAGCCAUCGAGUAGAUUUGUUUUUUUUUUAACCAAAAACUGUCAGUCAACCAAUUUGAUUCAACGAUAAAUUGAUGUAACGUCACCUUGACCAUAAUUUCAAUCACCAAAAACGUUGAUAAUUAAUCUAACUGAAAAAUAAAAAGUUUUUUUUUUUACUGUUCA